AAUGUCAUCGGAUUCAUCGACAGACUCUGCAUCGUCGCUCACGAACGCGGCUGCGGCUGCGGUCGCGUCCGUUCUGGCUUCGACCACUGCAGGCCCACCUGUCGCAGCUCCAGCAACAUCGACAUCGACAUCGACAUUGGUCGCAGGCGCAACUCCGACCGCUCAGCAGCAGGCGGCGCAGCAGCAGCUCCAUCAGUACCAGCUGCAGCAACGCGAGCGGCACCAGAGCCAGCAGCAGCAGCAGCAGCAGCAGCAGCAGCAACACCAGCAGCAGCAACACCAGCAGCAUCUGAGUCAGCAUCAGAAUCAGAGUCAGCAUGGUGGUGGUGGGCAUGGUCAGCAGUACCAGCAGCAGCAGCAGCAGCAGUACCAGCAGCAGCCCAGCCAGUCCACCAACAACACGACGCCAGCCGCCGCAGCCGCCCCACCACCACCAUCAGCAUCAUCGUCGUCAUCAGGGCAGCUCCAGCAGACCCAGAGUCAGCAGGCUGAGAGCGGUCAUCACCAGCAGCUUGCUCCAGUGCGGGCGACGCGGCCGACAACGUCGCUUGUGGUUGCCCCGCGACAGACGCUGCCAGCCCAGCAACUUCAGCAGCAGACGCAGCAACUGCAGCAACUGCAACAGCAACAGCAACAACAACAACUCCAACAACAACAGCAGCAGCAGCAGCAGCAGCAGCAGUUCCAGCAGUUCCAGCAAUACCAGCAGUUCAACCACCGCACUCAGCUCCAGCAGCAACAGCAGCAACAACAGCAACAGCAACAACAGCAACAGACUGGCGGCGGCGGUGGAGUCGCGAGUCAGGCAGACCAGCAGCAGGCCUACCAAGCACAAGCUCAAGCUCAAGCUCAAGCACAGCAGAGGCGAGGGCGACCGACCACCCAGCUGCUCAUCACGCAGGCGACGUUGCAUCAGCAGCAGCAGUUUGCCAAACCGACUGGCCCGGCGAGCGCAUCGGCGGUCCCCGACAACGCGACCAGCAGAGGCAGCAGCAACGCCAAUGCAGCUGCAGCCGUCGCUCAACGCCAGCAGCCUCACACGACCCAGCCGCAGCUGCAGCAACAUCAUCACCAGCAACAGCAACAGCAACAGCAACAACAACAACAACUUCAGCAGCAAACGUCGGCUCAGCAGCUGAAUCAUCCAUACCAACAACCACAGCUGCAACAACCUCCUCAAGCCAAUCUGCUCCAGGCUCAACUCCAAGCAGAGCACUACCAGCAAACGCGAGCCGCUCAAGCACACUCCCAAGUUCAUGCCCAAGGUCAAGGUCAGCUUCAGGCUCAAGGUCAGCUUCAGGCUCAAGGUCAGAUUCACGCCCAAGGUCAAAUUCAGGGGCACACAACGCUCCAGCAUGGACAACGCGCUGGUGCGCCGCCAACACCGUCUGCAGGAGGUCCUCCGUCAGCAAUGAGUGCGCAAGUACUGCUCCAACAGCAGCUUGAACUGCAGGCUCUGCAGCAACUGCAAAUGCAACUCUCGACGCCGUCCGGACACCCGCCUCCGACGGGGCCAGGCGGUCUGCCACUGCUCACGACACCGAGCAGCACCGAGCAACCUCUGCAGCUGCGCUUCACGUACGUGCCACGACCCAUUCAUCCUGCUUUCGUCAGCUCCUUGCAGCAAGGCCUUGGCGCAAUCUCCCCAGGCAUCACCCGCGCUGCAAAGCUCCGACGCGCCACGAUCGCUCCAGAUGCAGCAAAUCCUGCCACCCCGCUCCCCGCUGCUUCGAGCAACGGUGUUGUUAAUGUCCAAUCUGUAGCUGGCCGAGCAGCAGUCUCGGCGCCGUUCACCCCAGGGCUCGCCGUCCCUGGCACGCCCGUUCGCGGACUGUCUCCUGCCAGCGCCGGGCGCAAUGCUGGCUCGCAGCCACCGUUGCAGCAAGCACAGCAGCAACAGACCUCCCAGGCGCAGCAACAGCAGCAACAAUCCCAAUCGCAGUCUCAAUCCCAGACCAAUCCCUCAUCCCAGGCCUUUUCCGAGAACGCCGCAACAGGGUCUGUGGCUGUCGAAAAGUACUUUUCGCCCGACCCGGACGAUGUUCCUGGGCUGCAGCAAAACGGCACAGACUUGUCUGGGCUGCUUCUCGAUUUGCACUUUUGCGAGCCUCGCCAUCGCAACAAUGGCCUGCCCGAUGGUGCCAUCCGGCUCCCGGCUGCGUGGCGGACUCGCGACCGUAUGAAGACAGUGUGUGUCGCGCUAGUGCUUUGCUUGAACAUUGGUGUCGAUCCCCCGGACAUUGUCAAGACGUCUCCGUGCGCACGUCUCGAAUGCUGGAUGGAUCCGUUCUCCGUCCCGCCGCAGCGCGCCCUCGAACAAAUUGGUCUGCGGCUGGAGCAGCAGUACUCGCGUUGGCAAAACAAGGCGCGCUACAAGCCCUCACUCGACCCCACCGUGGACGAUAUCAAGCGCCUGUGCACCAGUCUGCGUAGAAAUGCCAAGGACGACCGCGUGCUGUUUCACUUCAACGGCCACGGCGUCCCGCGACCCACUCCCAACGGCGAGCUGUGGGUGUUCAACAAAAACUACACGCAGUACAUUCCACUGUCCCUCCACGAGCUUCAAAACUGGGUCGGCAGUCCUUCCAUUUUCGUGUACGACUGCUCGUCUGCCGGCUUGAUUGUUGAGACGUUCAACCAGUUUGUCAGUCAACGCGAGAGCCAAAUCGAGCGCGCUGCCGCGCAACCCACCGAAGGCGCUCCUGCCAUCACCCCCUUGCGAGAUUGCAUCCAACUGGCGGCUUGCGGUCCGACAGAAACGCUCCCAAUGAACCCAGAUUUGCCCGCAGACCUCUUCACCUCGUGCUUGACCACGCCAAUGCAGGUAGCCCUGCGCUGGUUUUUCCAAAAAAGCAGGCGUCUGGUGCAAGGUGUCACGCUCGAAAUGAUUGAUGAAAUUCCCGGCAAGCUGACAGAUCGUCGCUCCCCUCUGGGCGAAUUGAACUGGAUUUUCACGACCGUCACCGACACCAUUGCCUGGAACACGCUUCCUUGCGAUGUCUUCCAACGACUCUUCCGUCAGGAUUUGCUCGUUGCCAGCUUGUUCCGCAACUUUAUUCUCGCCGAGCGCAUCAUGAAGUCUGUCAGCUGCAAUCCCGUUUCCUCCCCUCGCCUGCCCUCCACCCAUCAGCAUCCAAUGUGGGCGGCCUGGGAUCUUGCGGUCGAUAUUUGCGUCUCACAGCUUCCCAAGAUUCGCGCCGGCACUGCCGAGUAUCAGCACUCGCCUUUCUUUGCCGAGCAACUGACAGCCUUCGAAGUCUGGCUCGACAUGGGCUCCGAGUCUCGAAAGCCUCCAGAACAACUUCCUGUUGUUUUGCAGGUGCUGCUGAGUCAGCUGCAUCGACUGCGUGCGUUGGAGCUUCUGGGUCGUUUCAUUGAUCUGGGACCGUGGGCGGUCAAUAUGGCGCUCUCUGUAGGCAUCUUCCCGUAUUUGCUCAAACUCAUCUUGUCGCCGUCCGUGGAGCUUCACGCAGUCCUCGUGUUCAUUUGGGCCAAGGUUCUUGCCGUUGAUCGCUCUUGUCAAGCCGACCUGCUUAAGGACGACAACCACCGCUUUUUUGUCAACCUGCUCGCCGAUCCUACAUGCCCCUCGGAACAGCGAUCAAUGGCUGCGUUUGUCUUGUCGGUGAUUUGCGACAACUUCCGCGUGGGCCAGGAGGCCUGCAUGAACAGCGCCGUGCUGCCCCUCUGUCUCGACCAGCUGGACGAGCCUGAUCCGCUUUUGCGCCAGUGGGCUUGCUUGUGCAUUGGCAAGGCGUGGCAAAACUUUGAUCCUGCACGCUGGUAUGGUGUUCGCGACAACGCGACGGCCAAGAUUUGCAACCUGCUGCACGACUCUGUGGUGGAAGUCCGCGCCGCGGCCGUGUUUGCUCUCGGCACGUUCUUUUGCACUGUCGACCGCACGGAUCAAGUCAUCAACAUUGAGCAUUCGAUCGCGCGCGCCUUGCUCGGCAUUUGCGGUGACGCCAGUCCGCUGGUUCGCAAGGAAAUUGUGAUUGCGUUCUCCAAGCUGGUCUUGCAGUUUGAGUCCAAGUUCCGCGCUGCUGCUCUCGAGCACCUGGACGAGGACAGGUCACGCAUGGCCGACAUGGCAUUCAGCAGCAGCGCCAGCCCUGACAACUCGUACGACGAUCACAACAGCGGUGGUCGCACGGGCAAGAUGACGCCGCGACCCACCUCCAUGCUGCAUGGCUCUGCGUGGAUUUAUCCCAACGUAUGGACUGCCUUGCUCAACUUGAGCUUUGAUCCUUACUUUGAUGUUGCGACCUUGGCCCAAUUUGUCGUUGACUCGAUCAACAUUCAGCUGGUCGUUCCCGCUCCCGAGCUCACGCGGCUCCCUUCCACGCCUGCAUCAGCAAACAAGCGUCACCACGCACUUGCCGGGACGUUGAAUGCAGCUCCAUCUCCGUUGGCGGCGGCGGCAUCGUCAUCGAGCGGGUAUGCUGCGCCGGCAAACACCUCGUCGCCGCUUGUCCGCAGCUCAAGCAGCAACCGCCUAGGAGGAGGCAUUCCUUCCGCCACUGUUACCAGCCUUCCUCCGCCACAGCAAGGCCAGCCGCAGACCCCGACACUGCAGCGCGUUGCCCCUGGCUCUGCUCAACGUGGCCAAGGCGUGUUUGCCAGCAACCCUGCCGCUCCAGCUACUGGCGCAAAUGCCAAUGCUGCUGGAGCGACGUACGCGGGCGGUUCGACAAUGGCACCCAAUGCAGCGCCAAUGCAGAUGGCCUUCCAGCGCCAAACCAGCCAGGCGAGCCAAACGAGCCAGGUCAGCCAGGCCAGCAUGGCCAGCCAGGCCAGUCAGCAGUCUUCUGUCGACGCCGCCGGUCGCUCUUCCCACGUUGCUUCUGCAGCCGAAACCAAUGGCAUGCCGCUCGUGUCUACGUUCUUUGAGUGGUGCUACCAACGUUUCUCGGAGCCUUUCAUGAAGCCGUGCCCCGAGGACGACCCGACGAGUGCGACGUUCCAAGAAAAGAUCAACCAGGCUCGCAAGAAUGUGCGCUACCGCUACGAAGCGCGCCGUGAGCAUCUCGUCGCGGCAACGCGAAAGCUUGAUGGACAGAUCUUUGUGCGUGACAACGACGCAGCAACCAGCUCCCUCCUGUUCUAUCCGUACGAUCCGUAUCUCGCGGUCGCCGACUCGCGCAACGUGGUCAGCAUCUGGAACUGGGCCAAGGGCACGCGUAUCAACCAGUUCCCGAACGGCAAUCUUGCAACCAGUCGAAUCACCAGUCUCAAAGUGAUCAACGAGUCCGAGUCGCCGCUGUUGCUGGUCGGAUCCGACGAUGGCGCUGUUCGAUUGUGGCGGAAUGCACCGGAAGAGCACCACGAAGAGCUCGCCUCGGCAUGGCGUCCGCUCACCGAGGUUCUGCGCUCCAACCGGGGCUCUGGCUUAAUCACGGAUUGGGAAAGCCGGAAUGGCAUUCUUUUCACCGCGGGCGAUUCAUCCGUGAUCAAGACGUGGAACGUGGAGACCGAGCUUUGCGAGCGGGCUAUGCUCACUCAGUCUGGCGUCUGCGUUACGUCCAUGACGCACGACCCGUUCGAUCCGGCCAUUCUUUAUGCUGGCUUUGCAGAUGGCACCAUUCGUAUCUACGACACGCGCCGAGAGCACGCGCUUGUUGAAACGCUCAUGCACCAUCGUGCUUGGGUUGUGAGCGUCAUGCUUCAGCGCAACAAUUCGCGCGAGCUUGUUUCUGGCAGUGUUUUGGGCGACAUUAAAAUUUCGGACAUUCGGUUUGGCGACGAUCUCGUCGCGCCUGUCAAAUCUCUGGAUGCGCACCAGGGAACAAUGACUGCUUUUGCCAUGCACGACAACGCCCCUGUGCUUGCAUCUGGCUCGCAAAAUCAAUUCAUCAGGAUUUUCAACACUGCAGGCACCACGUUGAGUGCCGUUCGUUACCACGAAGGUUUCCUCGGACAGCGUAUCGGGCCUGUCAGCUCGCUGGCGUUCCAUCCGCACAAAGUCAUGCUGGCUGCCGGUUCGACCGAUUCGCUCGUCUCCGUCUAUGCGAUGGAUGCACGCAGCAAGGUGUAACUCCGCUGGGCUGGUCAUUGUUAUUGUUGUGUGAUUUGCGCUUGCACUUGAUCUUCCCCUCUUUCUCCCUGUCUCUUUUGACAACCAUUGAUCUUUUGAUACCUUUUUUUCGACGUUCUUUUUUAUUCUUUUUGUGUUUGUCUUUGUGCACCGGGUGUCUGUGUGUUUGAAGCCACACUCUGCGGCGUCUGUGUAUCUCCAUUUCUUCAAUUGUGAAUGUCUCUUUCCCCCUCCCCCGUCUUGUCAUAAAUGACACCAGUUCCAUUUACA